ACCGCUAAAUAACAUCAGCCUAUAUUUUAUUAUGACCUUAUUAAACUAAAUAAUAGUAGUGUAAUAAUAAUAGUUAUAAUAAUAAUAAUAGAGAUUAUUUAGGCUUGCUUAUUCCGUUCUAUAAAUAGAAACCAAAAUCAUGCAAUUAUAAACACAGCAGCAUACCACAACCACUUGUCAUCAUCAUGAGUACCUCUUCAGUAAUCUCUCCUUUUACAUCUAUGGAGUUUUCCAUCUCUCUCCAAUUACUCUUACUUUCUCUCUCUAUAAUAUUCAUCUACUUCUACUACAAGCCCACAACCUCCAAAAAUAUCAACAAAACUGCCACCAAAAUCUACACCCUUUUCGGAAUCCUACCGGAGCUAAUGAAAAAUAGCCAUAGAUUUUUGGAAUGGGCCACCGAAAAAAUCCUAAGCUCGCCCACCAACACUGUUGUCCUCCGCCUUCCUGGAGGACUUCAGGGUGUCAUGACGGCCAACCCUUCUUGUGUGGAGCACAUAUUGAAGGAAAACUUUGAAAACUACCCGAAAGGGGAUGUUUUCAACACCUACUUCUUGGACUUCUUCGGCGGAGGACUGUUUACCUCUGACGGAGAAGUCUGGAAGGUCAACCGAAAGGUUGCCAACCAUGCGCUCAAUACCAAGUCUUAUAGAAAUUUCAUGAUGGACAAUGUAGCUCUCGAGCUCGAAACCAAGUUGGUUCCCCUUUUGGAAACACUUUCCAAAACGGGUGAAGUUUUCGACUUUGAACAUGUUUUGGAGAGGUUUGGAUUCGAUAAUGUGUUCAAAGUGGCUUUCGGGUUCGAACUUGGUUGUCUUGAGGGUGAAGGAAGUGUCAUGGGUUAUGAGUUCUUGAGAGCUUAUGAAGAUGCCACCAAAAUUAGCACUCUCAGGUGCAUGUACCCAUCAUUUUGGUGGAAAACAAAGAGGUUUCUCAACAUCGGCUCAGAAAAACGUCUCAAAAAAGCAACCGUAACACUACAAGGAUUCGUUGACAACAUAGUCCAAACAAGAAUCAAAGAAAGCAAAAAAAGUACCAAACAAAACAAAGAUCGAACACCCGAUCUCCUUGACCGAUUAAUGGCCAUGCACGACAACGAAGGAAACUACUACUCCGCCGAGUUUCAUCGUAACAUGACGAUCGGAGUCAUCCUUGCGGCCCAAGACACCACAGUCUCAGCCCUAACAUGGUUCUUCUGGCUCUUAGCCACAAGACCAGAAAUCCAAACAAACAUCCUGAAAGAACUCGAGUCCAUUCGGGCUCGAAGAGAGCCAGAAAACAGACAAAAAUUUGCCUACACAUAUGAAGAGAUUCGCGACAUGCAGUAUCUGCAUGCCGCGAUCUCUGAGUCCAUGAGACUCUACCCGCCCGCCCCUACAACUUCUAGGAGUUGCUCAGGAGAUGAUGUUUUCCCAGACGGGACAUUUGUUGAGAAGGGUUCGGUUGUGAUUUACAAUGCCUAUGCAAUGGCGAGAAUGGAGAAGCUUUGGGGCGAGAAUUGUUGCGAGUUUAGGCCCGAGAGGUGGCUAGGGCAAGACGAUAUCAGUGGUGGUUUAGUGUUUAAGCCUGAGAAUCCUUAUAAGUAUCCUAUAUUCAAUGGUGGGCCAAGAAUGUGUGUUGGAAUAGACAUUGGUUAUAUUCAAAUGAAAUAUAUUGCUGCUUCUUUGAUUGAGAGGUUUGAGAUUAGUCUUGAAGAUAAGGAAAGAGUUCCUCAGAUUUCGUUUUGGUUUACUAUUGGGAUGAAAGGUGGCUUGCCUGUUACUAUUCAACCUAGGAAAACUACUACUUAAUUAUUGGUAUUGUCAUGUUAAUUAUUUUAUGCAUGUUUUAAUGUUUUUCUUAUUUUGAAAUAAUUAUCUCUGAUUUAUAUGUUCAUUUGGAUUGUAAUCGAAAUGUUACAUGAAUAAGAAAGAGAUCUAUGUAUAAUAAAUGAAUUUUAUGAAGAAAUAAAGAAAUAUUGCUAUGAA